AUGAAACGGAAGCAGCCAGACGUUGGCGAAGAGCUCCCUGCCUCGACACCGAAGAGGCAGCGGACUUCAAGAAACAAUGGCCAUGUCAUUACAGACGGAUCGCCUGAACCGCCACCCUCAAAGCGAGUAAAGAGUACGCCUCAGAAGCCGACCGGCGACACGCCAGCAACGCUCAAAGCCUCCGGACUGAGGACCCCUUCCAACCGGUCGAAAGCUAAGGCUCUUUUCUCAACGCCUGCGAAAGAGAAUGGCGCUUCUACCCCUACGAAGGCACGCGCUGGCAGUUCAGCGAAGAAGAAGAGUGCCCAAUUGCUUCUCGACCAGGAUGAGGAGGGUCUCGGCCAUGGAGGCGAACGGCUAGCGGAGGAGUUUUCCGCUGACGAAGACGCACCGGCUGAAGCUGAUGAGCAAAACGAUGGGGUAGUUGAGACAAUUGAGGCGGGAGUUCUCGAGUCGAAGACGGAAAAGACAACGGCGACCCCAAAGCGUCGUGCUGGGAGACCAAAGGGUGCGAAGAACAAGCGGUCUCCCACGCCCGAAGGCGAUUUGCCGCCGCACGAGCGUUAUUUCUUCCAGAACCGUGCAGGGCCCCCUCGAACGUCGAACAACAAUCUGAACAAGGUGAAUCUGCUAACCCACGAAGAGUAUUUUGAUAAGCAUGCGCAUUACCAAGACCCGUGCAAGCGUGAGACGGCCUUUCUCAACGAUCUUCAUCGCAGGUCGUUCCCGCAGUGGGAUUUCGAAUUUGAUCAAGGGUUCAACAUUUGUCUGUAUGGAUAUGGUUCAAAACGUCGACUCACCCAUAGCUUCGCGGAUUGGCUCUAUCACAAGCACAGCUCGAGUCCUCCAUCUGUCGUAAUUGUCAACGGACACUCGCCCAACAUAUCUAUUCGUUCCAUCUUUGCUACGAUUGUCGCCGCCGUCCUUGAAUCUGACAUUCCCUCGAAGAUGGGUGCCCAGCCGUUAGAGGUCUUGGAACUACUGCAGUCCGCUCUGAAGAUACGACCUGACCAAGGUCCGAUCACCGUCUUCAUCAACUCCAUCGAUGCCCCCUCCCUUCGUCGGGCCACGAAUCAAGCUCUCCUUGCCCGGCUGGCCGCCAUCCCGAAGAUACACCUCCUUGCAACUGCGGAUACCCCGAACUUCCUGUUGAUGUGGGAUAUCAGUCUUCGAGAUCAAUUCAACUUUGUGUUUCACGACUGUACGACGUUUACGCCAUUCGAUGCCGAGUUUGAUGUGGUUGAAGAAGUCCAUAACCUUCUUGGCCGGAAGGGACGUCGUGUGGGAGGCAAAGAAGGUGUCGAGUUCGUGUUGAAAAGUCUUCCAGAGAACGCACAGAACCUGUACCGAGUCUUGCUUACGGAGUUGCUAUCCAUGGUCGAUGAAGAUCAGAAUGGAGAUGAUGACAUGGACAACGCUGAUGCUCCAGUCGAUCCGAAGGACGAGACCGGCAUUGAGUUCCGAACAUUGUAUCAGAAAGCCUCCGAGGAAUUCAUCGCGUCUUCUGAGAUGAUGUUCCGCACGUUACUCAAAGAGUUCCACGACCACCAGAUGAUCACCUCGCGGAUGGAUGCGAGUGGGAUGGAGAUACUGAGCGUUCCGUUGUCUCGCAACGAGAUGGAAGGAGUUCUGGAAGACCUUGUUUUGGGUUGA